CAACAACAUCCACUCUCCCAUCACUCAUGCUUAAGACCGCACUCCAACGGCUGCCCUCGCGCGGACUGCACACCACUACCCCAGCGACUACUGACGCCGCGCAGGCCAAGCUCCAGGACCUAAUGACCAAGUUCAAAGACCCCAAGUCGCCGUUCUACCUCGCGCAGCAGCACGGCGAGGUGGGCCCCGCGUCGCCAGACGACCACACGGUCGCGCGCCCGCUCGCGGGGCAGGAGAAGCGCGCAGAGGGCUGGGCUCGCCCCGCGCCAUCGUACCCCGACCGCACGCCGCUCCAGCCCCACAUGAACCCCGACUACGACCGCGCGCGCGCGACCGCAAACGAGUGGUUCGACAGUAAUGGCUUCGACCCGGAGGGGAGAGUCGAGAUCCCUGUGCUGUGGGGCGACCAGGACAUGUUCAAACACGUCAACAACGUAAACUACCUCAAGUGGAUGGAGGCGCAGCGCCUGCGCUGGUUUGAGAACCUCGGCGCCGACAUUGGCACCGACACAGCAAAGGACUGGACCGGCGGCACCGGCACCGGCAUCAUCCUCAAGGACCAGUACAUCCGGUACCGGCACGCCGUGACGUGGCCCGACGCCGUGCUGUGGGCCGUCAAGCCGCACGGCAUCAACCAGGAGCGCGGCGAGUUCAAGCUCGCCCACGCGGCGUGGAGCCUCAAGGAUAACCGCCUGUGCGCGACCACCGACUCGACGAUCGUGCUGUUCGACCACGAUAAUACCCGCAGAGGCAAGAUGACGGACAAGGUCAAGGAGGUGCUUGACAGGCGCGCAAAGUUGUAAGCGCUGCUACGCUGUUGUAUUAGAUGCCAUGCAUCGGUGUGAGGGGGG